AACCAUGUUCGUUCGGACGAGAUCAUGCGACCGUGCAAACGCAAACGCAAACACUACGAACCAAAAACAGUUGAGCAGAACAGCAAUGUGCAUGGAUUUUAUGACGACAAGAACACGUUUACGAGGAUGUCCGAGCCCACUCUGUCGCAUGGGGGCACCGAAAGACGAAAGCCCAUCAAUGGAUAUUGGGCUAACGGGGCAGCAUUCUCUGCGAAAUCCGACUGGUGAAGCGAAGGAAAGCAGCGGCAGCAGCAGAAGAAGAAGAAGGAAGAAGAAGAAAGAAGAAGAAGACGACGAUACCCAUCAAUGGGUAUUGGGCUAUCGCGCAACAUUCACUGCGAAAUCAGAUUGGUGAAGUGAAGGAAAGCAGCAGCAGCAGCAGCGGAAGAAGCAGAAGAAGAGGAGGAGGAGGAGGAGGAGCAAGACCCAAUGGCGCAGGUGCUCAAGUUAGCCCUACCCCGGCCGAACUCGGCCUCGGCUCGCCCCGACGCGCCUCCUACUCGGCCUCGCGACCUCCGUCGCUGGGCUUCGCUUCGGCGGAGCCUCAGGUGCAACGGCAGGUUCUCCUGCCUCUUCUCCGACAAUCGCAGAGAGGAACAAGCUAGAAAAGCUUUAGAAAGUGCACUCGGGGGAAAGAAGAGUGAGUUUGAGAAAUGGGAUAAAGAGAUCAAGAGGAGAGAAGAGGUGGGAGGAGGUGGUGAUGCUGGUGGAGGUGGUUGGUUUGGAUGGGGCAGAAGAUUUGGUUGGUCCAAUGGUGAUAAUUUCUGGCAAGAAGCAAAGCAGACUAGUUUGGCUGUUUUAGGUAUCAUUCUCAUGUUUCUCUUUAUUGCAAAAGGAGAGGUCAUGCUUGCAAUGGUCUUGAAUCCGCUGCUGUUUGCGUUGCGAGGAACGAGAAAUGCGUUAACUUUUGUUACUACAAAGAUCUUGAGAUUAUCCCCAAGUGGUCCCGCUGAUUUUGAUGCGUUACCAAAGAAAGAAAAUAGUAGACGUGUCUCUGCUAAAGAAGAAGUAUUGAGAAAAUGGGGAAGUGCUUGAUUUUCUUUUCAUCUUGUACGAAGAAUGAUCUUGUGAUUCUUUGCUAUGGCUCUCACCCCACCAUAAUUUUGUCAUAGAUUUGCUUAUCCAAAGGCCUCAAAUUGUGGAAAAAAGCUGCUGUGUAGCUUUUUCUCGAAUUCGUGUUGGAUUCGAAUUUGGUGGAGGGAAACCGAAGGGUGUUUCGCAUGUUCCUUGAAAGGCUUCUUCGAUGAAGACCUGUUAUUCUUCCUUCUCACCAUGAAAUCACUGGAUACCUGCGCACUGGACAUGGUAGUGCAACUACUUUCUCGAAUAGUAAUACUCGGGUACAAGCUCAAAUUGUUAAUUGAAUUGCUUGAUUUUUGUUUUGGCAAGUCUUUCUAAUUUUAAGAGAAGUCUCCUGUGCUUGAUUUUUCUAGUUUCAGCAAACACAGAUUGUUUGAGCUUCAUGAUAAGAGAAUCCAAAUCUUUUCGAUGUA